GGUUUGCUCUGUGAUAUCUUUUUAAGUUGUGCUGAGUUGUGAUUCUCAGUUUUUUUCUGGUUAUUUAGUGAUAUAACCAAAGGGUAAUGGGGUGUUUUUGGAAGCACAGGUGAAAAUAAUUCACUGGAAACCUCUCAGACGUAUAGUAAUACAAGUGUGUGUGGAUAUGAGUCAACCUUUGUAUGUGUGAACAUUAUGUGAUAGGGAGGGGCUGAGUGGGAGCACAAGUACACCGAGGGAGAGAUAGGGAAGACGAACCCAGUUGUCAGAUGGAUACUGCAGCACCUCGGGGCCUCCAAUGCUUCCCUCUGCUGGAUUUGACCACUUCUCCCCCUUCCUCACCGACAAUAUGGAUCUCUUGUCAAUCACAAGAGGAUUUAUUAUAUUAAAAACAGCUGACUGAUGUCCCCUCAAAGUGGAUUUCUGAAACAAGACUCCUCCACUAUGCUGAACCGUCCUUUUCUACCCACAUGUCAGAGCCUCUUACUCUCUCUCCUACUUUUGUUGUGUCAUUGGAACAAGGAAGCCUGUUCUUCUGGGGAGGGCAGGAAUAUCUGGCUGCAGCCAAAGCUGGACCCCAUCAUCAAAGACCAAUCUUUCCUUCAUGACACCUUCCCUUCGGGGUUCCUCUGGGGCUCUGGGACUUCUGCUUACCAGACUGAAGGAGCCUGGAACCAGGAUGGGAAAAGCCCCUCCAUCUGGGACUCUUUCACCCACUCUUCUGUCACUGAGAAUUUGGAUAGAGAGACUGCUAAUGUGGCGAGUGACAGCUACAAUCGCUGGGAAGAAGAUGUGAAUGCGUUGGAAUAUCUUGGUGUAAGAUCAUACUCUUUCUCUCUCUCCUGGCCCAGGCUCUUUCCUGAUGGGAAUGCUAGAGGUCACCCCAAUCCAGCUGCUGUGGAGUACUACAGCUGCCUCAUAGAGAAGCUUUUGGAAAAGAGAAUCGAGCCCAUAGUUACUCUCCAUCACUGGGACUUGCCUCAGAUGCUGCAGGAGCGAUUUGGAGGCUGGAAAAAUGACACGCUGGUGGAACUUUUUGAGGACUAUGCUGCCUUUUGUUUCCACACAUUUGGGAGUCGUGUUAGGUACUGGCUCACAAUGCACAAUCCAUUUCUAAUGGCUGUGCAGGGCUAUGGGACAGGUGUACACGCUCCUGGAGAGAAAGGAGGUCCAGCUGGUUCUCUCAUUGUGGCCCACAACCUGAUCAGGGCACACGCCAAAGCAUGGCACACCUAUAACAACCACUUCCGCUCAACUCAGAUGGGUAAAGUAUCCAUUGUCCUGGGUUCCCACUGGGUAGAACCUCAAAGAGGCCAAACCACAGCUGCCAAUGUUGGGCUUUGUCAGCAGUCAGUAGAGGCUGUCCUUGGUUGGUUUGCCAAUCCCAUCUUUGGAAAUGGGGACUACCCAGUCUCACUGAAAGAUAAACACGGGGCUCUUCUGCCCACAUUCACUCCUGAGGAGAAGCUCUGGGUGCAGAAAACUGCUGACUUUUUUGCUGUGUCCUUUGGACCUAAUAACCUUCGUCUGGGCCGGAACCUGGUCCACUAUGGGCAGACUGUGACCCCAGACCUGCGACGCCUCCUGGGCUGGAUAAAGCUGGAGUAUGGGGACCCAAGUGUGCUGGUGGCUGAAGGAGGCUGGUUCUCUGAAGCCAGAGUGGGAAGGGAAGACACAGUGGCCAUCUAUCUGAUGAAGAGUUUUAUCAACCAAGUCUUGCGAGCUGUCAGGUUUGAUGGUGUGCAGGUGUUUGGCUACUCUGCCUGGUCAUUGGUUGAUGGAUUUGAGUGGAAUUAUGGCUACACUAUUAGGCGAGGCCUUUUCUAUGUCGACUUUAGCCAGCAAGAUAGAACCAGGACCCCCAAGACCUCUGCCCAGUACUACAGGCAAGUUGUUGCUGACAAUGGUUUCCCAAGUGAGGAAACCUCCACAGAGUUUACAGGCCAUUUUCCCUGUGAAUUUCAUUGGGGUAUCGCUGACUCGACUUUACAGGUCCACUUCUACCCUUUCUCCCCACAGUUUACAGACCCGCAUGUGUACAGCUGGAACCUGACAGGAGACGGAUCAUUGCAUCCAGUCCCAGGAGUGAAGCUCCACACCAGACGAGCCCAGUGCACUGACUAUUUGGCUAUUCAUGGUCAUCUUCGCCUGUUUGCAUCCACUGGGGCAUCUCACUAUCGCUUUGCUCUAAACUGGUCUCUGAUUUUACCCCAGGGAGACCUUUCUAAUGUGAACACUGAAGCUCUGAGGUACUACCGAUGUGUCCUGACCGAGCUCAAGAAGCUGGACCUGGAAGCUGUUGUUAUCUUGUACUACCCGACACAUAAAGUUCCAAAUCUGGGCUUGCCAGCGCCACUGCAUGCCUCUGGGGAUUGGCUCAACUACAGCACAGUGGAAGCUUUUCAGAAGUACGCAGCACUAUGCUACAAGGAGCUGGGUACCUGGGUUCAAUACUGGAUCACCAUUAAUGAGCCAAACAGAUUGAUAGAUGUUUAUUCUACUGGAGAAGAGAAGCAUCAAGCAGCUCACAACCUUCUUCUGGCUCACGCAAAAGCCUAUAGGCUAUAUGAGAGGGAAUACUACAGACAACAGCGAGGUCUGGUAUCACUUGCACUACAUGCCGACUGGGCCAAACCUGCCAACCCAUUCCUGGAAUCACAUAUGGCUGCAGCAGAAAGAUUUCUCCUGUUUGAACUUGGUCGUUUCUUAGACCCAUUGCUGGGGACUAGACAUGAGGAGAAGCAGUGGAAGGGCGACUACCCACAUGAAAUGAAGGCAUACCUGGAGGAGAGAGCUCGAGUAAUGGGCCUCCCCGGAUCUCCUCUUCCUAGUUUUACUGAGACUGAGAAGGAGGAGCUGAGGGGGGCAUUAAGUUUUAUUGCACUGAACCAUUUUACCACCCGUUUGGUGUCUCCACAUCCCCACACACAGUCCAGUUUUCAGCAGAGACCGUCCCCUGAUCAUGACUGUUUGACCCUUUCUGAUCCUACCUGGCCCUCCUCCAGUCUGGGGCAGGCUCUUGUACCCUGGGGCCUUAGAAAGAUGCUGAGCUGGAUGACGCAGAGAUAUGGAGGAGCUCUGCCUAUCAUUGUCACAGGAAGUGGGGUUGAUGAUCAGGCUCCCGUUGAGGAUACACUCAGGCAAUACUACCUCAGGAGCUACCUGCAGGAGGCUCUCAAAGCUUGGCACCUAGAUGGAGUCAACUUGCAGGGCUUCUAUGUGUGGAAGCUACAAGAUCGACACGCCCCCCAGUUUGGUCUCUUCACCUCCACUCAACACCAAACCAAAGCCAAAGCCUCCAUUGCUGUCUACAGAGAAAUCAUUACUCACAGCGGUUUCCCCAAUAAUGACACAACGCAGACCUGCAGGCCAACUGAGCUGCACGAACGUUGCUCUGUGUGUUUAUGGAUGUUCGAGAACAAAGCAAUGCUGGUUUUUGGAGGCUGCCUCCUGAUAACAGCUGUUAUCCUGGCAGCACUUGUCAUCUUUGUCUUCAUCACCAAGAGAAACCAAACAGGAAGCAGAGGGAGAGGGAAGAGGAGGAUGGACCAGAGGAGAAGAAGGGAAGGAGCACCGGUGUGUUUGUGUCCACCUGUCCUUCAAGGCAAACUGUAGGACAGAUUGACUCAGUAAUAUGUGGUAGACAAAGUAUGUGGCUUAUUCACAAUCUAUACUUGUGUCUGCUCCAUUAGUGCCUGUUUUUGCUGUUGUGACAGAUGUGUGAUGGGUUUACCAACGACCAGAAAAAAAUGUCUACAUUCAUUUUACUUGUUGUUUAGACACAGAGUCAUAGUAGGGCAUUUUUGUGUGUGUCUUCGGUUACAUGACCAUGAAUACUGAAAGGCACUAGCUAGCUGACAUGUUGUUGUUUUACAAAGCCUAAUGGCUGAUUAUGUGAGCUAAGGGUUUACUAUAAAUAUGUAGACAGGCUUUUAAUCAGUGCAAACCUUAGAGAAAACAUGUCAAUGCCAUGACUGUAGCAUUGUCAUAAAAUCAGUCUGUGAUGCUCAUAAGCCAUUGUACAGAUUAUUAACUGUAAUUUAAUUUUUAUAUGAUGUAUUAUAAGUUUAGUUCAGAUUUAAAUUUUUUAAAAAAAGUUUCAAGUGGUCCUCACUGUAUUCCAACACUGCAUUUACUGUUUGCUACAAACUGAUUCUCCAUGAGACAAUGAUGCCCCCUAGUGUCAUCAUUUGCAGCUGCGAUGAAACCAAAAUCUAUGGAUGAAAGAUUCUGAAAAAAUCAGUCAGUCUUAUGUUAAAAAUAGGAAAAAUACAAAGUAGUACAUUAAAUAACUUGCCUGUGGAUGCUUAUUAGUGGGAUAACAUACUAAAAGUUACCAUGAUUGUUGGUUGAGGUUCUUUCCAGUAUAUUAAAGUAUUAAAUGCAGCUAAAUUGAAACCAUAUCUUAAUGUCUGCUGUAUUACCAUAUCUUUGAAUGAGUAAUUGUUCUAAUAAAGUUCUUCUCUGAGGAUUUUCUGCUCUGUCAAGAAUAAAACAUUUUCUUUUAAGAUA